UUAUGUGAAUUUCCCCUUGGGAUUAAUAAAGUAUCUAUCUAUCUAUUGUGUGUUACUUAUUUUUUGUUUCGUCUUCUACUCUUAUGUUUGUUAAUUGAGACUUUGUAAUGAUCUGUUUGCGAAGAAAGAUAAAAAAAAAAGUGUUAGCUGUUUUAGCUUUUUGGGCCAUUUUGCAUUGCCUCUUUGUUAACUUACAUUAGCGAAACAUUGGCCAUAGUUAAAAUGAAAUUUUUUUAAGGUGUCUAACCAAUUUUUCCCCUAUCCCUCAGGUGCUGUGAGGUAUUUGUGAAAUUGUGAACGUUCAGCCAGGUGCUGUGAGGUGUGUCUUCUUUGAAAUUGUGAACUUAUUCAUCUUUCCUUGGCUGCGGUAAUUGGCCAGUGUUUUGUUUUGUGAAUGAAUAGCCAAUCAAUUUUUUUAACAAGUAUAGUCCUAUAUACUAUAGACUAUAAACUUAAACUCACAUCUGUAUCUACAGAUGGCUCUGAGAAUGAGACGAUGGCGAAAACGGAAAAGAGAACUCGAUCUACUUCUACGUUAUUCUGACAGUGAUGAACACCAGGGCACUGAUGACUGGAUGACGUUCCCUUUAAUCAAAAUAAAAUUUUCGUCAGGCAAGUUUUUUGAUGAAUAGAAAUUUAAAUAUAUAUCCAAGUCAAAAUAUUGUUGAUAUAUAUAUUUUUUUUAAUGUUGAAUUGUAGCCAGUCGUCGUGAAUGUGACAAUUACAACCUGACCAGUCAGGCAGAGGACGACGACGAUGAUGAGGUGCCAUUUAAAUUGACGAGGAACCGCACUAAAAAAGGAACUCCAGAGGGCUUUGUAAGAAAUGAAUUGACAGAUUCAGAUGAAGAGAACAUCAGGGGUGUCAAGCUGCCCAAAUACCCCACUGCACCAAAAAAGCUGUGGUCCAUUCAAGGUACCAACUUGAAUCUCAAUGCAUGUGGGAAUAAUGACAACUUAUGAAGCAUGGUACUGUCUUGUGUAUACACACAAUUCACACUGAUUCAUGUGUUUCAGCCACUGAAGAUGAAGCCAGGUCUGUGGAGCAUGCGGACAGUUCUCAGGGCAGUGAAAUGUCCACUCCUUGCCCUCAAACUGCAAGCACAGCACCUCGGUGUGGAGAUCUGUCGACACCUAGAUCUCGACAUGCAGCAGGAGGUUGUCCCAUGGAUGGCUAUCGCUCUAGGUCCAGAGGUAGGUCCAGCAGAGGAUACAGACACAGGUCCAGAUCACGGCACAGUGGUUCGAGGCACACGGACAGAUCCAGGUCACGGCACGGUGGUUCGAGGCAGACGGACAGGUCCAGGUCACGGCACGGUGGUUCGAGGCACACGGACAGACAUGACGGGUCACACCGUACUGAUGCCUACCGAUGUGAUGAAAGAUCCCGGCACAGUGAUCUUACCAGCCCCCCCUAUGACGGGCCAAGGCAUGAUGCAGUGACAGAUCUAAAAUGGACAUUCCCAUUGCCUACGGAUGUGUUUCAGAAAAAGGUCUUAACCCUGCUGUUUGACCUGCACAAUCAGUACAAAAAAGCAGAACCUGCCUCUUCAGCCGUGCACAUUUUGAGGAUGGAGACUAUGGUGGAUUUUGAGGCAGAGGAGCAACGCCUCUGUGAUGCGCAAGCUUUUGAUACCCUGGUGCUGCAAAUUGCACGUAUUGGAGGGAAGAACACCAAGGAUUGUGUCCACAAAGUCCUUGACCGGUAUGUGUCUACAUACAGUAUGAAUUGUGGGUGGAUGGGUGCUCUGCUUGAACUUUUUUAUUCUGGGUGUGGACCAGCAUGUUUUCAUUUGCCUUUUUUCUUGCUUAACCCUUUUGUGCCCCUUGAUAAAUUUAUUGCAUUUCAGUUUUUUAUGAAAUUUUGAAUCUUGGAUCUAAUAAUAGGACUAUAAUAUACUGUAGAAGAAAAAGUUCCAUCUUUUACCCUGCAGACAUUUUUUGCACCAUUUACUCCCAUUAUAACAUUCAUUUCUGUUUGCAUAAAACAAUGUCUGAGUAUGUCAUACUAGAUAAAAAUUAAGUGAAAUUAUAA